AGUCUUUCGCCAGUGCCGGACGAGGACAGAUUGUGUGCCUUGUUGUACCCGCGCGACUCCAACCGGGAUCACGUUUUUUCUUUAUUGGUGUGUGGUGGAAUGCCUUCUUAAGACCCCUUUCUACUUUCCUUGGGCAGCAUGUGGAACUGUGAAAAGAAGAACCAUAAACUAUAUUUUAUGCUGGAUCAAGUUUCGAGUGAGAGGGAUGGGGAACUCUAACGAACAAACGGUGAUAGGUUUUUAGUGUGUUGUGCUAGGCAAUCAUCGCUGAUGGGAAAGAAGUGUUUAAAACAAAAUUGAAUUGAACCGCGCAUCGAACUAAUCGAAUUUAUUGUGGCAAUUUACGGGUGGUUCGUAAAACAUAAGAGGAUCGGCAACCGAGGAUGAUUUAGAGGAGCCAUUUGAACAGUGGCGAUUUUGUUUCAUGCAGUGAAAAAGACCGCUCAAUAAGGCCAAACCACUAAGUGUAGAAUCGAUUAAACUUCAAACAAUGUGAAGACUGAAGUGCCAAGUCAAGUGCCCGAUCAGGUUAUAUUUUCUCACGCCGAGACCAUAAUUCAGCUCCUUCUAGCGAAGUGGAUUCCAUUUGAAGACGAUUGUGAAGAGAGUUCAUCAUAACAGUGAGUAACUCGAUUGCGGUUUUCGGCGAUUCAUCCGAUUGACGAACUUAUCCGGAUUGUGUAAUAGUGCAAACAAGACAAGCCGACCGAAAGUUCGUGUCAGGUCCAAUCAGAAUCGGUCAGUCAGUGAAUCAGUCGGUCAACAUUGUAGUGUUACAACGAUGUGAAAGGAAACAAGGCGAACCGCACACACGGAUGGACUGCAUUUGGAAUGAGGAGAUUUGACUCGGUGGUGCAAUCAAUGAAUGCGUACAUUCAAACUUGAACUCUCGGCGGUGUUUUGAGGCUCACUGGGUGUGUGGGUUGUUAUGUGGUAGCCUCGCCGCUAACCGACAAUUUUCCAGCAAAUUGAAGGAUUUGUUUUUCGGCUUUCGGUGCGAGGAGUGGGCGUGUGAUCGCUGAAAGAUAUCCACGUCCGUGGCGAACGUGACUUUUCAAGAUGUUUUGGCGUUGAAGUAAACUCGUCAUAAAUCUCAGAUGGCGAGCACCCCGAGCAACACCACCGAAAACUGACCAGAUCAAGCCGCGCUCGGUUGAACAAGAAACCAGUACCACGUUCAGUGUUCAUUAGGUCCUACAAGUGCGAAACAAAUUCCAUCGUUUUCCUCCGGAGAGUAUGACGGUUGAACUAAAUUGAGCCAUCAUCAUCAUACAAGCAAUGCGGUUGACGAUUCCAGGAGGAAUCUAGGGUGUUUCGCGUGUGAAUUGGUUUGAUUGUGAGAAAAAAUAGCGGAAAUUAUCCGAGUGUUGGCCUUAGUGGGUCAAACAUGAACGGUGAUUGGAAGUGAUGCAAUCGUUCACGUGUGAAUUUUCUUCUUAGUGUACAUACUUUGUGCACCCGAUAAGCUCGAUUUGACCGUGGAACGCGGAGUCACAUUGCAUCGCCGCCGAGCGGAGAAAGGAACUGCGCGCGAUGAUUGUGUCCAGUGGUGGCAACCAUCGUGACGGAGACCUUCACCUUAAUCCAUUGAAAAUAAGUGCGAUCGCUAUCGGUAGUAGCAAGAAGAACCCACCGCCGUAAUUGACGGUGCUGUAGUGUUUGCAACAUCUCCGCCCCGCAAGAAAGCGUUUAGUGUUUGUAUUGGCGUUUAUUUCGGUUCAUCUCCCUCGUAAAAGAUCGUCAUGGCUGAUAGUCGCGAGCGAAUACGAGGUCCACCACGUGAUGGCCGCGAAGGUUUUACCAGUCCACGACAGGUGCUCAGGCGGCUGAUGCUGCUUUCGGAGGGCCGCCAGUACCGUGAAGCGGCAACCGUGGUGGGUCGCCUAGGGCCGUCAGUGCUGCGCUCGGUUGUGGCGGAACUACCGAUGGAUAUCCUGAUCGAGGCCCUACCCCACAGCACCUAUCUGCUGGAGUCGUUUUUCAACCGGUUAAAUACGGUGAUACCCAACCCAAAGCCCGAGGUCCCCAGCGAGGCCAUCAUGUGGCACCUUGUGAAGCUGUUCAGUAAUCCACACGAAUCAGGCCUCCGGCAAAGAUGUACCAAACUGGCCCAAGCCAUCGGAACUUGGCAGCCCUCGUUACGGGACGCCCUAAUGGCUCGCCGAAAACAAUUGGAUCAAGCGAUUGAAGGCCUCGGUGUUCACGGUUUGACAGCCGAUCACAGCGGCUCGCUCAUUUCGUUACACAUAGCGUUGAAGAACGAACUUCAGCGACACAUCGAAACCUACAAAACGGCCAUCCACAAGCUGGAAGAACUGAGCACCGUCACGGUGAAUCCAGAUCCUGCCCAAUCGUCCCACCAGCGACUGCUGGCCAUCAGUCACGGGGACAUCCAGCAGCGACUGAUCGACAACAAAACCCUGCUCACCAUGCUGGACAAACCGGCUCUGAAACAGCUUAGUCAACUGCUGGAGAAUCUAUCGCAGCGGGUCCAAAACGAUAAGGAGGUGCUGUUUUGCGUGGGGCAGAUCCGACGAAUCGACACCUCGGCGAACACGGAGGAGAGACCUGCAGCUGGCCUGUUGAUGAACUACUCCCGCGGUUGUGAGGCCGUCCUGGGACUGAUGGGACCCCUCUCGGCUCCGAGCAGCCCCACGAGCAAUGGUUGCGGCAGCGGAAGCGAUGGUUACCACUCUGACUCCGAUACAGACGAAACUAAUUCCGAAUUGGUGCGACAGUACGGAGUGAUGUACAGCAAGAACCGGAUCGACACGCUGGAUUCGCUCAACAGUCUACCGCAGCUGAAGCAUGCCCACCAACUCAAGGCCAAGAUAUUAUUUUCGAUAAUUGUGUUGGCAUUUCGCGCCUGCCACGGCCUGAAGGAGCGCAAAGUGCUGGAAGUGCGCCGAACGCUGCACGUGUUGGACGCAAACGAUGACGCGACAGCAGCACUGGACCGAGCUGUCCGGCAGAAUCUCAAAGACACCGCCGACCGGUUUCCGAUGGGAGACGUCGAACGACAGGUUGCCAAUCAGGUGCUGUCAACGUUGCACGAGUAUCCCUGUCUGGAGGCUUGCAUCCCGUUGAUCCACUACAUCAGCGACUGCGUGCGGCUGGCGUGGAAAAUGACCAACCAAACGGUGCCCUAUUACCUGGAUACGGAUUUCACGUUGGGCCUCCUCCAGCCGGAAAAACACGAACGUUACCCCAUUUCGGAGAAGCGAUCCGACAUCAUCCGUGCCUUCCUGUGGCCAGCUCUGAUCCAGAACGGACGCUGUGUCUACAAGGCCAUCGUUGCUACGUAGCACAUCAACCACAAAUGAACAAGUAUUUGCUCAAGGCAUUCAGCUUGAUUUGCUCCCGCUCCCUCUACGAGAUCACAUUUGAAGGCAUUUGUAUCGCUGCGUGCUGAAUCACACCCAUUAGUGCAAGAGUUCGACUUCCAAAUAGUAGCAAAUUAAGUCAACGUCGCGAUUGAUUUUAACCAUUAACCACUUAACUGAUUUUUUGUAAUCGAACUUUGAUCGUAAAAAAAAGUUUGUACAUAUAGUAUUACAGAAGAAUAUUUUACGUAAUAAAGUUUAUGCGUUUUGAACAUGAGUUAAUUAGGCUCCCGUC